AUGAGAGCCAACGAAAAGAUUGCGCUAAUUGGCGAUAAAGUUGUGCUCGUGCCAUAUAGGAAGGAGCAUGUCGAGAAAUACCAUGAGUGGAUGCUCGACCCAGACCUUAGAGAGUUGACUGCGAGCGAGCCCUUGGCCCUUGAGGAAGAAUACGAAAUGCAACGGAAAUGGCAAGAAGACGAAGAUAAACUUACUUUCAUUGUACUUGCACGAGAGGACUCACCAAAUGGAGAUACCUGUUCUGUCGAUUCAGGAAGUAGUAUAUACGAUACCAGACACAUGAUAGGUGAUGUGAACCUCUUCUUCAAGGGCUCGGCCCAUGAUGAAGACUUUGAGGUCGAAGCGGAGAUCAUGAUUGCCGAAGAGGCCUAUCGGCGAAAAGGUUAUGCAUCAGAGGCACUCCAAAUCCUCCUUUCGUUCGCUACGUCGUUUGAAUACCUAUCUACCUUGCCUAUCUCCGCUGACAAGCUUGUCGUCCGCAUUGGUGAUAAGAAUAGCGCAAGCAUUGCGCUGUUUAAAAAGCUCGGCUUCGUAGUGGCAAAGCAUGUGGAGGUGUUUGAGGAACUCGAGAUGCGGCUCGGUGAUACCACUAGUAGAGACAGAUGGACAAGAGGAAAAUUGAUCAAGCUAGAGUAGCAUUGAUAAAUGCGAAUCCGUCCGAUACAACACAUACCGUUUGUACGGUGCGCCUAUCCUCACAACACAAAGCGCACUGGAUUUAAUUAGAAACAUCCAAUAAACUUAACG